AAAAAAAAAAGCCCAACCCGGGAGUGACAGCGAGUGGAUCUGCCGGGCGCUGAAUGAAUGGAAGCUGCGGGGCGGGCCUGCGCGCACGGCCGCCCUGCCCACGAUGCGGUCGCCCCGCGGCCUGUAGGGCCGUCGCCUCCUGCGCCCCAGGCCGAGGCCGCGGCGGCCACGGCAAGAUCGGAGGGAGGGUGGUUUCCUCCCGCCCCGCACCCAGUCUCCGAGCCGGAUAUACAGAGUGUCGCGUUUGGGAGCCGAAAGACCGGAGCAGCUUCCCGGAGGCAGGAGCGCUUCCCGGAGCCUCGGGAAGGGCCGGCAUCGCGAGGACCACUAGUUGAGCCCGCCCCGCGCCGGAGGAGCAGGAACCUCUUCCCGGAGCUGUAAAAGACAAAAGGAGGAAUCAUGUCCAUGAUCUCAGCUUUCUACAACGGCAAGUCCAUUCUCAUUACUGGGGCCACAGGCUUCCUGGGCAAAGUGAUGAUGGAGAAGCUGCUUCGCACCAGCCCUGACCUGAAAGUCAUUUACAUCCUUGUGAGGCCCAAGGCUGGCCAGACACUGCAGCAGAGGGUCUUCCAGAUCCUCAACAGCAAGCUGUUUGAAAAAGUCAAAGAAGUUUGUCCAAAAGUGCAUGAGAAGAUCAGAGCUAUUUCUGCAGAUCUCAAUCAGCAUGACUUGGCCAUCAGCAAGGAGGACAUGCAGGAGCUUCUUUCCCAUACAAACAUCAUCUUCCACUGCGCUGCUACUGUGCGCUUUGACGACCACCUGAGACAUGCCGUGCAGCUCAACGUCACCGCUACCCAGCAGCUCUUGUCCAUAGCCAGUCAGAUGCCCAAGCUGGAAGCCUUCAUACACAUCUCCACUGCCUUUGCAAACUGUAACCUGAAGCACAUUGAUGAAGUCAUCUAUCCAUGUGCUGUGGAGCCAAAAAAAAUCAUCGAUUCCAUGGAGUGGCUAGACGACGCUAUUAUUGACGAGAUCACACCCAAGCUGAUUGGGGACCGGCCCAACACCUACACCUACACCAAGGCCUUGGGAGAGAUGGUGCUGCAGCAGGAGGGCGGGAACCUCAACAUCGCCAUCAUCAGACCCUCCAUCGUGGGAGCCACCUGGCAGGAGCCAUUCCCAGGUUGGAUUGAUAGCAUCAAUGGACCUACUGGGCUCAUUGUCGCGGCUGGGAAGGGGUUUCUUCGGUCCAUAAGAGCAACUCCGAUGGCUGUGGCAGAUUUAAUUCCAGUCGAUCUCGUCAUCAACCUCACCUUGGCUGUAGGAUGGUACACGGCAGUUCACAGACCUAAGUCAACGCUCAUCUACCACUGUACGUCUGGAAACCUCAAUCCCUGCCACUGGGGCAAAAUGGGAUUCCAAGUCUUGGCAACCUUUGAAAAAAUUCCAUUUGAGAAAGCUUUUAGGAGGCCAAAUGCUGACUUCACAACCAACAACAUCACGACCCAUUACUGGAAUGCGGUCAGCCACCGGGUCCCAGCCAUCAUCUAUGACGUCUAUCUGCGGCUCACGGGAAGGAAGCCCAGGAUGACCAAGGUCAUGAAUCGGCUUUUAAGAACCCUGUCUAUGCUUGAGUAUUUCAUCAACCGGAGUUGGGAGUGGAGCACGUACAACACGGAGAUGCUGAUGUCCGAGCUGAGUCCUGAAGACCAGAGGGUAUUCAACUUCGAUGUGCGCCAGCUGAACUGGUUGGAAUACAUUGAAAAUUACGUUUUAGGAGUUAAGAAGUACUUACUGAAAGAGGAUAUGGCUGGGAUCCCAGAAGCAAGGCAACACUUAAAAAGGCUCCGAAAUAUUCACUACCUCUUUAAUACUGCCCUCUUUCUCAUCGCCUGGCGCCUUCUCAUUGCAAGAUCUCAGGUGGCUCGGAAUGUGUGGUUCUUCAUCGUGAGCUUCUGUUACAAACUCCUCUCCUACUUUAGGGCAUCCAGCAGACUCAAGGUGUAAGAACAUUUGGCAACCUCCUUUUAUACGGAACUUCACAGAUACCUCCAAAACAGCAACUAUGAUUCUCAAGAUUAGGAAGUAACAAAUAUGCCCAAACUCAUUACCUGUCGAAUGUGCUGUCACGUAUUCAUCCUUAUUUCUUAACUACAUAUUUUUAUUUCAGUGAGAGAAGGAAAGUCAUAUCCUAGUCUAUAAUCAUACAUGUUUUAGGGAAAAAAAUUGUUUCCAGAUUGUUUACUAACACUAUUCUAUGCCCUCGAACAUAAAACACCGAAGUUCACCCAUCUUCCUAUAUUUGGCUUUCUUCUCCAUGUAAGAAGAAAUUUCAGCUCAACAAACAUGGCAGAACACAUGGUAGAAACUGAAAUAUGCUCAAGAAAAGCAGUUCUAACCUUGGAACCAUUCUAGUGCAUCCAGUCUAAAGGUUUAAAAUCAAGAUAAGUAGAGGAUGGAAGAUCACAGCAAGCUCACGGAUGCUGUAAGAGAAGCAGUUCUCCCCCGAAGUGCCUGCUUCCUUUUUGUGUUUUACCGUGGAGUUCUGGUUGAAGGCCGGGGGCAUUUGAAAAGAGGGCUCACAUUUAGCCUCUCCCUUAGCUAUACCCGCCUCCCAGACAUAAAAAGAACCAAGAGGUGUCACGGUGUCAAUAAUCAUGGAUCGAGUGAGGGCUCAAGCAUAUUUCACUGGGACUCAGUUUAUUAUGCUUUUAAACAAAAACGAAUCUCGUAAUUUUGACUUUGACAACUAUUAUUUCUAAGCCUUCUGAAUCACCAAUUUUCCUGAAUCUUCUUAAGAGUUUCCCUCUUGUUCAUUAAAGUCUCCAAAUCCCUUAUACUUAAGCUCAUACUGCUCAGGCCUCAGUGAGUGACUCAUGCGAGAGCAAGGUCCUGGGCUAGGAGCAUAUAAAAACCCAGUCUCUUGACCUCUGCCACCGAGGAAAGCAAGAUGUCCAAUGUAUUUUAAGUGCCGGCCUUAGUCUCCCCGCAUAGUGGGGAGACCGCUGUUUCACCAGGACUUGCCAGUGUCUCGAGCGCUCCAGCUGCAGGAUGCUGCCCGUACGACGCGCCGCAGGAGAGGGCAGACUUCGUUCAGUGACUCUAAGCUUAGAGAGUAGGUGCUGUUUGCUUAAAAAUAUCUUACGCAAAAUGCAAAUGAAUUAGUAAAAACUAUUCUCAAAUUCCUAUGUUAGUAGCUGUUUAGCCCAACGGUCCUCAUAUUUGAGAGAUCACUGCGUAUUGAUUUACAGCAUUUCAUGUUAAAAAUAUGGAAUACGAUUCAAAUAGAAUUAUCUGGGGCCUAAGCAACUAAAAGUAAUUACUAGAAAACUACACAAGCAUAAAACGUUAACAAUGGCCGUUACAUUUACGCUCACUCUCUGGGAUAACUGAUUAAUGCUGAGAAAGGCACAUGAAGGCAGCGGAAGCAUGCAGGGCUGCGCGGGCAGCUCUGGCCCAGUGCUGAGAUUUUUCUGAAUCCAUAGAGGGUGUUUGGGGUUGGGG